GUUCUCAAAGCAUACGCCAGUGUAGAAUACAAAUUGGACGACCUUUGCAAUGGCCAAAUCAAAAAAUCACACGAAUCACAACCAGAGCAAGAAGGCCCAUCGCAAUGGUAUCAAGAAACCCAAGUCGAACCGUUCACGCUCAUUGAAAGGCGUUGACGCAAAGUUCCGCCGGAACGCUCGUCAUGCCCUCGCUGGCUCAAACAAAGCAAGAUUAGCAGCCAAAACAGCAGCAGCAUCAUCAUGAAACGUUAUCACCACCAUAUGCCGCUCUUGAGAGUAACGUUCGCACUAUAUGUAUAUGCAAUACAUUCAAUAAAAAUGGGUAAAUUCA